UUUGAUUCUUAGGCUGUGUCAAAGUGAGUCGUUUCCUGAAGAAUUAGCACAACUUAAAGAGAAUAAACCUUUAUCAAAGAAGAGUAGACUAUUGAAACUUUCUCCUUAUGUUGAUGAUGAAGGCGUAAUACGUAUUCAGGGACGCAUAGACGCUGCAGCGAAUGUCAGUAUUGAAACAAAGAGGCCUGUAAUUUUAGACGGCUGUCAUUACGUUUCUAAUUUGAUUAUUGGUCAUUAUCAUAAAUUGUUUGUUCAUGCUAAUAAUGAAACUGUUAUAAAUGAACUUCGGCAACGAUAUUGGAUUAUACGCUUGCGCCCUUCUGUGAGGCGUAUUGCUUCUUAAUGUUUAUUCUGUCGUAUAAGGAAAGCUACGCCUAUGAUUCCUAGACAAGGAGAUUUACCAGCAGGUCGGAUUGCACACAGUCGCCGACCAUUUUCACAUUGUGGCCUUGAUCUUUUUGGACCUAUCGAUGUAACAGUUGGAAGAAGGCGUGAAAAGAGCUGAUACGACUUCCGUCCACGACGCGGCGAACUACGUCCUCGUAACACGCACUUGCUGCUUGCCUGGCGGACAGCUGGAUCCUCGCUGCAUGCCCAUCAGAAUCCCUGAUGACGACGUGCAUCUGAGGAGGAGCAACGUGCGCUGUAUGAACCUCACACGCCAAAUCACCUACCAGAGGCUAGGUUGCGUCCCUGACACAAUUCCACCGGCGAGAAUGAGCCUAACAACGCCCAUGAUAGAUCUGUCGAUUGUGUACGGGGCCGAAGAAGCGACCAUGAAUUCUGGGAGGGAGAGGUGGGGGGGACGACUCAUAGCUGAGAAACUGAAGGGGAAGGAUUGGCCCCGUGGGGACGGGACCAUCUGUUUGCAAAACAACCUGAACGAGACCAGGUGUCAUAACAGUCCUUCUAUGUUCGUCAACUCGCUGCUGUCCACCAACUUGUUCAACCUUUGGUUCAUGCGGCAGCACAACUACAUGGCAGAGAAACUCGCCAAGCUGAACCCCUGCUGGGAUGAUGACAAACUCUUCGCUGUUACCAGGGACAUCAACAUCGCCAUAUGGCAACAUAUUAUGUACUACGAUCUUAUGCCUAACGUCGUGGAUUACAAUUUUUUGGUGAAAAAUGGUGUGUUAUUCCCCGGCCAUGGACACGUGGAUGACUACGACCCUAGUCUGGAGCCCCGCGUCAGCAUAGAGUACACAGAUUUUUCCAGGUGGUUCCACAUUUUGCAAGAGGGAAGGCUGAACUUAUACGAUAACAAUGGUAAGUUAUUGAGGACGCUUCCGACGGUAGAAAUGACGCUCCACACGGGUGCACUGCCCAACAACAACACCCUGGAGGGGAUUACUCAGGGCACCUUCCGGCAGCCAUGCGCCAGCACCAACAAGGUCACUGAUCCUGAGAUGGGUGAGCGCGCUGUUGGCAGACUUCAGACCGCGUUUGAUGUGGUAGCGGUGGACAUCAUGAAGGCACGUGACAAUGGAUUGCCGUCUUACAACCGGUACAGGGAACUAUGCAAGCUGCCGGUGGCGCACGACUUCGAAGACUUUUACAAAUGGCUUCCCAAGGAUCAAGCUGAGGCGAUCCAAAUGCUUUACGAGGACGUGGAUGACGUUGAAGUGAUGGCAGGUCUGCUAGCGGAGCGGCCUAUGGGCGCGGGUGUGGUGGGCCCCACGCACGCCUGCAUCAUAGCGGACCAGAUGCUGCGCUGGCGGCGCGCCGACCGGUUCUGGUACGAGCACUCCGCGCACCCGGCCGCGCUCACACCAGAACAAUUGCAGGAGAUACGUAAAAUGACCAUAGCUAAAGUGAUGUGCGACCACGGAGACAGCGUGGUCGCUAUACAGCCCAACCCUUACCAGCUGCCACGACCGGGUAACGAGAUCAUCCCCUGCUCAGAUUACCCGGAGAUGAAUAUGGCCGCGUGGCUUGACCACUCCUGCGCACACAAACGCGGCAAAUAAUGACAAAUUGUAUAGUCAAUAAAGACUUUCGUAUCUUGGGUUCUUUGCCUGUUUUCCUUCAUCAUUCGCAUACCCUGUUU